AUGGCUUCAAUCGGAGAGAUUCUCUUGAACACCCUCUCGGCUGGGGUGAGCAAGGGAGUACACUUUGGAUUCAACAACAUCAAGAACAACAACAAGAACAACUCUCCAAUCACAACCUUGGUCUUGCUCUUCAUCUCUUCCACCAGUAAUACCAAAGAUCAACAGAUCCGUGAGUCCGCCACCACCCAUCUCGAGACCGCUGCCAAUGAGGACUUUAAACAAUAUGUGGUCAUGCUCUGCCAAGAGCUCAACAACGAGCAAAGUCAGGCCCGUAUCGCUGCCGGUUUGGCUCUCAAGAACGCAAUGACUGCAAGAGAAUCGGCUCGCCGCGAGGAGAUGUCUACCCGCUGGAUGAACAUUGAUGCUGUCACAAGAGACCAGAUCAAGGCUUUGGUUCUCACAACGCUCGGAACUCAGGAUGUUCGCGCCGGUAUUGUUACCGCCCAGGUCGUCGCCGCAAUUGCCGCUAUCGAGCUCCCACUGGGUCAAUGGGAGGGCGUCAUCCGCGACAUGAUCCAGAACUUGUCGUCCACCGAGAACACAAACUUGAGGCAGUGUACUCUUCAGUCCAUCGGAUAUAUCUGUGAAACUAUCGACCGCGACAUCUUGACAUCGCAAGCCAACAGCAUUCUGACAGCUGUCGUGCAGGGGGCUCGCAAGGAUGAGCCUAGUGAGGCUGUCCGUUUGGCUGCUAUUGGUGCUUUGUACAACUCGUUGGAGUUCAUCGAGGACAACUUCAAGCGCGAGGGUGAGCGUAACUACAUCAUGCAGGUCGUAUGCGAAGCUACCCAGAGCGAGGACCUCGAGGUCCAAGUGGCUGCCUUUGAGUGCUUGGUCCGCAUUAUGCAGGUGUAUUACGAGAUGAUGCCUUUCUACAUGCAGAAGGCGCUCUUUGGCUUGACUGUCCAGGGAAUGAAGAGUCCUCAUGAGCGCGUCGCCUUGCAGGCUGUCGAGUUCUGGUCGACCGUUGCCGAGGUUGAGAUUGAUCAGGAGAAUUACAGACUCGAGGCCAUCGACAACGGAGAGCAGCCCACCCACACCAACUACAACUUUGCCAAGGCCGCUUUGCCCGAGACUUUGCCCGUCAUCUUGGAGCUGAUGACCAAGCAGGACGAGGACGAUGAUGAGGACGACUGGAACCUCUGCAUGGCUGCUGGCACUUGCCUGUCUGUGACCGCCCAGAGCGUUGGAGAUGCCUGCGUCGCCCCCGUCAUUCAGUUUGUCGAGACCAACAUUCGUCAUACUCAGUGGCAGUACCGCGAGGCCUCCGUCAUGGCCUUUGGUUCAAUCUUGGAGGGUCCUUCCCAGGAGCUCCUUGUGCCCCCUGUUGCCCAGGCUUUGCCCUUCCUGAUUGAGAUGAUGAACGACCCCGUGAUCAAGGUUAAGGACGCCACAGCCUGGACUUUGGGACGUGUCUCGCAGUCCUUGGCCGAGUGCAUCAAACCUGAUGUUCACCUCCAGCCCCUCAUCGAAGCCCUCGUUCGUGGCCUGGACGACUCUAACCGCAUUGUCUCGAACUGCUGCUUGUCUUUGAUGAAUUUGGCUGACCAGCUCCAGGGAGAGCAGGGACGCGACUCGGCUACCUCCCACAUGUCGCCCUUCUUCAACGGCAUCAUCACCGCCUUGAUGCGCAUCACUGAGCGCAACUCGAAUGAGGCCUUUGCCCGUACCUCUGCCUACGAGGCUAUCUCGAUCUUGGUCACCCACACUGCCAGGGACACCUUCCCUACCAUCUCGGCCUUGUCAACCAGCAUCCUUGACCGCUUGGAGCAGACGAUUGCCGUUCAGAACGAGAUUGUUGGAGUGGACGAGCGCAACAGCCACUUGGAGCUUCAGUCCAACCUCUGCAGUGUCUUGACUAACGUUAUCCGCCGCGUGGGAAAGGACAUUUCCCCCAUUGCUGACCGUAUCAUGACUGUGUUGCUCCAGCUGUCGACCGCAGCCUCAAAGUCGUCGACCAUUCUGGAGGAUGCCUUCUUGGCCAUUGGCGCCUUGACUACUGCCUUGGAGAGCGAGUUUGCUCGCUACCUCGAUAGCUUUGCCCCUUUUAUGUUCAGCGCCCUAAGCAACCACGAGGAGCACCAGCUCUGCUCGAUUGCCGUCGGUAUCAUUGGCGAUGUCUGCCGCAGCUUGGGACCCGCCUCUGCUUCGUACUGUGACAACUUUAUGACGACCCUCUUGCAGAACUUGCAGAGUCCUGUCUUGCAUCGCAAUGUCAAGCCUAACAUCCUUUCGUGCUUUGGAGACAUCGCCCUUGCCAUUGAGGGCCAGUUCGCUGCCUACUUGGAUGUCACCAUGAGCGUCCUUGCCCAGGCCUGCAACAUCCGUGCCGCACCCACCGACUAUGAUAUGAUCGACUAUGUCAACGGCCUUCGUGAGGGUAUCAUGGAUGCCUACAUCGGAAUUGUCCAGGGAUUGAAGUCCAGCGACAACAACUUGUUGGCACCUCACCUGCCCCAUUUGUUCGAAUUCAUGAGCACUGUCUACAACGAUCCAGAGAGAUCCGAUGCUCUCUUGCGUAGCAUCUGCGGUCUCCUCGGCGAUCUUGCCGAGUCGUUCCCUGGUGGCGAUAUCAAGAACUUGUUGAUGUCGGAGUGGGUUGUUCAGUGCUUGAAGGAGGGCCGCAGCAGCCGACAGAACUCUGUCACGACCAAAGAGGUCGCCCGCUGGGCCAAGGAGAUGGUGAAGCGCGCCACCAUGUAA